AGUAGCCGAGGCGCCAGUGGCCAGUGGCAGUGCGCGGCGGGCGACGUUCCAGUGUCCGUCCAGUAGGCGAGCGAGGAGGAGGAAGUCCAGUCCAGUGGCCGGCCACCCAUGGCUCGUCUCCGCUGCCUCUUGGUCGCCUUCGUCGUAUUCGCGGCCGCCCUCCGCCUGCCAGGCGACGCCAUUGCCUCCCGCGGGCACCACGGCCCCGCCGCGCACGACUACAGGGACGCGCUCGCCAAGUCCAUCCUCUUCUUCGAGGGCCAGCGGUCCGGCAAGCUGCCGCCGUCGCAGCGCGUGUCGUGGCGCAGGGACUCGGGCCUCUCCGACGGCUCCGCCGCCAAGGUGGACCUGGUGGGCGGGUACCACGACGCCGGCGACAACGUCAAGUUCGGGUUCCCGAUGGCGUUCAGCAUGACGAUGCUGGCGUGGAGCGUGGUGGAGUUCGGUGGCCUCAUGAAGUCGGAGCUGCCGCACGCCAGGGAUGCCGUCCGCUGGGGCGCCGACUACCUGCUCAAGGCCACGGCGCACCCGGACACCAUCUACGUCCAGGUUGGUGACGCGACCAAGGACCACGCGUGCUGGGAGCGUCCGGAGGACAUGGACACCCCGAGGACGGUGUACAAGGUGGACGCGCGCACCCCAGGCUCCGACGUCGCCGCCGAGACCGCCGCCGCGCUCGCCGCUGCCUCCCUCGUCUUCCGCAAGUCCGACCCAGCCUACGCCAGCCGCCUCGUCGCCAGAGCCAAGCGUGUGUUCGAGUUCGCCGACAAGCACCGGGGCGCCUACAGCACGGGCCUGGCCGCGGACGUGUGCCCGUACUACUGCUCCUACUCCGGGUACCAGGACGAGCUGCUGUGGGGCGCGGCGUGGCUGCACCGCGCCACCAGGAGCGCCACGUACCUGAGCUACAUCCAGAGCAACGGCGCCGUCCUGGGCGCCGACGAGUCGGACAACACGUUCGGGUGGGACAACAAGCACGCCGGCGCGCGCGUCCUCAUCGCCAAGUCGUUCCUGGUGCAGCGCCAGGGCGCGCUCCGCGAGUACAAGUCCCACGCCGACGGGUUCAUCUGCUCCAUGGUGCCCGGCACGGCCACGGACCAGACGCAGUACACCCGUGGCGGGCUGCUGUUCAGGCUCAGCGACAGCAACAUGCAGUACGUGACGUCCAGCGCUUUCCUGAUGCUCACCUACGCCAAGUACCUGGCGUUCGCCAAGACCACGGUGCGCUGCGGCGGCGUGGCCGUGACGCCGCACCGGCUGCGCGCCGUCGCGCGGAGGCAGGUGGACUACCUGCUGGGGAGCAACCCGAUGGGGAUGUCGUACAUGGUGGGCUACGGCGGAAGGUACCCGCGCCGGAUCCACCACCGCGCCUCGUCGCUGCCGUCCGUGGCGGCGCACCCGGGUAGGAUCGGGUGCUCGCAGGGGUUCACCGCGCUGUACGCGGGCGGGGCCAACCCGAACGUGCUCGUCGGCGCCGUCGUCGGCGGACCCGACAUGCAGGACAGGUUCCCCGACGAGCGGAACGACCACGAGCACUCGGAGCCGGCCACCUACAUCAACGCGCCGCUCGUCGGCGCGCUCGCCUACCUCGCGCAUUCGUACGGCCAGCUCUAGCUUUUUGGGUGGCGUAGCAUGCAUCCUCCAUGAGAGGUACUACUCGUAUUGCUGCCGUGUGGAUUGAUUGUUCGGUGAUUAGAGCAUCGCGAUUUGAUGACCCCAGUGCAAGUGCAAGCAAAACAAAGGGCGCUUCGCUUGUGGGUCAAUAUAUUGCCACUAGUAAUAGUAUUAGUAGGCGUGUUUUGUUUGUUACGUGCCGCCGCCGCUGGUGGCGCACGGAUGUAAGACUAUCUCCAACAAUCGUCACCUAAAAUAUAAGACCUAUUUGUCCUCUGGGUAGAAGACUCUGCAAAUAGGUCUCGAGGAGAGAGGAUAUCUAAAUUUGGGUUAUGCCUCUCCUAAUACCCAAAAUAAGUCUUGUUGGAGGGUCUUGUUGGAGGCUAUAGACAUUAUGUUGGAAACCUACUUUGUUUGUUACUUGGAGACGGCCUAAGCGGGGCGACAAACUGUGCUCCACCAAGUGUAUUGCUACUAUGGUUGCAGCUCGCAA